AGGUUUUGUUGCGGCUGGAUGCUUAAGGGUUUAGGGUUUUAACUGCUCUAGAACGAUAGACCGAUUGUCGGACUCUUCGGCAUAUUUGUGUCGCCGGACUGAGUGAAUUGAAGGUUGGCAAGUAUCGAAUUCGAAGAGCAUGCGAUUUCCAAUGCUGGAGUAGAUCCAUUAGUAUCGCGUAAAUCGUCGCUAGCAGCGUCUUGUCUCUGCUGUCGCAAUGAAGAAGAAGAAGGUACCUGUCGGUAAGCAUAAGCAGGGCGGUGGGAAGUCAGGGAGAUGGAAGCAAGGGGGUCCGAAGACACAAGGCGGACAUUCGGAGAAUGUGUUCGAAACGCUUUGGACCAGGCGGAAGUUUGAUGUCUUGGGAAAGAAGCAGAAAGGGGGAGAUGCCAAGCGCGUCGGACUAGCUCGCUCUGCAGCGGUAGAAAAGAGGAAAAAGUCUUUGUUACCUGAGUACAAGCAGCGGGGGAAGACGAAUGCUUUCUUAGAUUCUCGUUUUGGGGAGCACGAUGAGAGUUUGGGCGAUGAGGACAAAGCAAUUCUUCGAUUCCAAAAGGAGCGCAUGGUUCAAAUGCAAAAAAAGAAGAAGUUCGCUCUCGAAGAUGAUGAUGAUGAACAACCAACAGAAUUACUUACCCAUGGCGGAAAUGCACUUUCAACAUUCGAUGACUUCAAGGAUGACAUCUCUAUUGAGAGUGAUGGGGAUGAUGAUGGAUUGAACGAGGAGAUAGUGAGGGACCUGCAUUUUGGUGGUGGGUUUGUUGGGAAGGAUGCCGGAGAGGAGGAUGGAGAGGGAAAGAAGCGUACUAAGAAAGAAAUUAUGGAAGAAGUUAUUGCUAAGAGCAAGUUUUUCAAGGCUCAAAAGGCGAAGGAGAAGGAAGAAGAUCACGAACUUAAGGAGAAGCUAGACGCUGAUUUUACUGCACUGGCUCAGUCGAGUGGUUUGUUGUCCCUUGUGCGUCCCAAGAAAGUAGAUGCUUUGAAGUCCAUGCUUUCAAAAGGAGCUUCGGGAAGUGGCAGUGCGUUGAAAGCACUGAUAGCUGGCGAUCAAACACUGGAAGUGAAGGAAAAACCUGAUGAGUAUGAUAAGCUGGUGAAAGAGAUGGGUUUUGAGAUUAGGGGACAUGCCUCAGAUCGGUCAAAAACUGCAGAAGAAUUAGCUAAAGAGGAGCGCGAGCGUUUGGAAGACCUUGAGAGGAAACGCAAGCAGCGGAUGCUUGGUGGAGCAGAAUCAGAAUCUGAUGAAGCCGAAAGUGAUCAAGAUGAGGAGGAAUCUCGGCGGCAGCAGAAGAAGAAGAGGAGAGAAAUUUCUGGUGAUGAUCUUGGUGAGAACUUUGUGAUGGAGGACGAAUACCAGGAGAAUGGUUGGGUUGAUGAAGUAUUAGCAAGAAAAGGCGAUAGUGAUGAAGAUGAAGAUGAAGAUGAAGAUGAAGACGAAGACGAAGAAGAUGAUGACGAUGGUUCUAGUGCCAGAUCGGAGGAAGAUGCUGACUCAGAAGGUUCUGAUGAUGAGGAUGAGAGUGAAGGAUCUGAGGAUGAAGAUUGGGAAAAUAGUGAGGAUGAAUUAGCAGGCAUUGAAGGCAUACCUAAGUUGUCCGCGAAAGAUCAAAAUUUGUUGGAUAAACUUAUUGCAGCUAAAAGUGGUCCUAAGCCAGAAGAACAAGUCAAAAAUCUCUUAGAAAAAGAACUGAAAAUACCCCUAAGAGCUGAGAAAGCUAAGAAAGCGAAGAAACCAGUUUCAGGUGGAAACGAGCUAGAUAGUGCUCUUCCUUAUGUGAUUGAUGCGCCACAAACUUUGGUCGACUUCCGUCAAUUAGUUGAUAGUAGGUCUAUUAAAGACUUAGAAGUUGCAGUGGAAAGGAUACGGAAGUGCAAUGCUAUUAGUUUGGCUGCCGAGAAUCGAAAGAAGAUGCAGGUCUUCUACAAUGUGUUGCUUCAGUACUUCGCCACUAUUGCAGGCGAACGUCCUUUAAAUUUACAAAGAGUUAACGCAUUGGUGAAACCAUUGAUAGAACUAAGCGGAGAGACACAUUAUUAUGCUGCUGUGUGUGCCCGUGAGCGUAUUAUACGCAUGCAGAAACAGCUAUCUGAGAAGCUGCACAGUCAAGAUGAUAUCAGUUCCUGGCCUUCAAACCGAACCUUGCUACUCUUCAGGCUUUGGUCGAUGAUCUUUCCUCCCUCCGAUUUUCGUCAUGCUGUCAUGACUCCAGCAAUGCUCCUCAUGUCCGAGUACUUGCUGCGUUGUCCUGUUAAAUCUGGUCAUGAUGUUGCAGUUGGCACCUUCAUUUGCUCACUUCUUCUUUCGGUUAUGAGGCCAGCACGGAGGUUCUGUCCAGAGGCUCUCAGCUUUCUGCAAGCUCUCCUUCUUUCUGCCUUGCCCAAAAUGAAUCGAUCCAAAAAUUUGUCUCUUCACUGUCCUUCCCACUUGGUGGAGUUUGUAGCUUCCAAACAGUGGUUGCAGCUUUCAAGCGCAACGUCUACAGUCGAGGGUGUGCAACCUUUAGACUUUACAAGCUUGCUUACGGCAGAUAGUUCUUCUUCGACCUUUGAAUCUGAUUCAUUCAAAGUGGGGAUUUUGUACAGUGUGAUUAAGACCGUUAGUGGAUUUGUGGAAGUCUAUUCCAACAUCGCGUCCUUCCCAGAGGUUUUCUCGCCUUUCGCAUCUUUAUUAGACGCAUUGAAAAAUAACAAUGCACUUCCAGAAGCCUUGAUGGUUUUGACCACCGAAGUAAGCCAAUUCAUAGCAGAGAAGGUGAAAGAGCAUGAGACUACCCGGCUUCCUUUGCUUAUGAGGAUGAGUAAGCCAGUCCCUAUCAAAACAUACAAUCCUCAAUUUGAAGAAAACUAUGUCAAAGGUAGAGACUACGAUCCAGACCGGGAGAGAGCUGAAACUAAGAAGCUUAAAAAGCAGCUCAAACGGGAAGCAAAAGGUGCUGCACGAGAGCUCAGGAAAGAUAACUGGUUCUUGGCUGAGGAAAAAGCGAAGGAAAAUGCAGUAUUGCAACAAGAAAGGGAAGAGAAGUAUAACAAAGCCAUGUCCUUCUUGCAACAACAAGAAUCUGCUUUUAAAUCAGGGCAACUUGGGAAAGGAAGCAGCAAGAGAAAGAAGAGGUAGUGUUGUUGUAGGUUUAUGUGACAGGCUGAGAUUUCGUACUUCUGCGCUGAUUAUUGAAGGUGCAGAUAAUAGUAGAUGGUUUAUUUUAAAAAUUAUUCCACAAUCUUGCUCAUGAGCCAAACAAUGUCAGAAAUCCCCUUUUGAAGUCUCCGAUUUUACCAUGGAUAGCACCUUGCUCAGUCUAAAUCUGCCUGUUAGAUCAAACCUUGUAUUAUUGGCUCUGAUUAAAUGUUACUAGGAGGGAGCUCGCACAAC